UACCUCCUCCACGAGGUUGGUAUAAGGUUGAUUAUUCUUACUAUUGAGUUGUUACAAAGUCAUAGAGACAACAUACUGCCCUCUCUCCAGCAUUUCUCCAUACUGUCAAAAAUUUUCCUUCUUUUGAAAGACAUGGCAGCAGCAUCUUUUCUCUUCAACAUUGCAAACUCCAUCUUAGGUAAAUUAGGAUCCCAUGCUCUUCAAGAGUUUUACUUGAUUUGGGGUGUUAAAAAUGAGCUCAAAAAACUCAAGAAGACCUUAGUCACCAUCAGAGAUGUACUGUUGGAUGCUGAGGAUCAACAAUCCAAGAAUCAUGAGUUGACCAAUUGGCUUAAAGAACUCAAAGAUGUUCUUUAUGAUGCUGAUGAUUUUCUUGAUGAAAUUCAGACUCAUGUACAACAGAGUCAAAGGUUGAAACCAAAGGUUUGUUUUUUAUUCUCACCCUUUAAGUUUCUACUUUUUAGAUAUAGAAUGGGUUAUAAAGUGAAAGAAAUAAGGGAGAGAUUAGAUAAUAUUGCAGCUGAUAAAGCUAAAUUCCACUUAUCUGACAGAACUAUUGCCUUAGAAAUGAAUAAAAGGGAUUUGACCUAUUCAUUUAUUCUUCCUUCUGAUGUUGUUGGAAGGAGGAAUGAGAGUGAAGAGGUUAUUGAAGUUCUAAUGCAAAAGGGUGUUGUUGAUGAUCAGAGUCGUCUCUCUGUGGUAUCAAUUGUUGGGAUUGGAGGUGUGGGGAAAACCACACUUGCUAAAUUAGUGUAUAGAGAUGAGAGGAUAGUUAAGAACUUUCCUGUGAGGAUUUGGUUAUGUGCCUCACAGGAUUUUGAUGUUGCAAAAUUGUCUAGAAACAUUGUUAAUUUGGCGAGUGGUGCCUCUUGUGAUAACUUUAAUGUUGAACAAGUCCAUGCUUCGCUUCAAGAUGCUUUGAGGGGGAAGAGGUUUUUACUCAUCAUUGAUGAUGUUUGGAGUCGGGAUCGUUCCAAGUGGUUGGAAUUGAGAAGUUUGUUGAUGGUUGGAGAGUGUGGAAGCAAGGUCGUUGUAACUACUCGUAGUGAUUAUAUUGCCUCGAUGAUGGAAUCCGUCGUUACGUAUAACUUGAAGGAGCUUCCACAUGAGGAUUGCCUCUCUUUGUUUCUAAAAUGGGCGUUUAGGAACGGACAAGAGAGGCAUUUUCCGAACCUUACUAAAAUUGGAGAAGAUAUUGUGAAGAAAUGUAAAGGAGUGCCUUUGGCAGUAAAGACUCUCGGAAGCAUGCUGUAUGCGACAACAGAUGAACGGGAAUGGUUAAAAGUGAGAGACGAUGAGAUAUGGCAACUAAAUCAGGAAGAUGAUGAUAUCUUACCUGCUCUAAGGUUAAGCUACAAUCAGUUGCCAUAUUACUUGAAGCAAUGCUUUGCUUACUGCUCAAUAUUUCCCAAGGGUCAAGAAAUCGCGAGCAGUAUGCUGAUUCAGUUGUGGUUGGCUCAAGGGCUAAUACAUUCGUCUAACGAAAACCAAGAGUUGGAAGAUGUUGGUCUCCACUAUGUGAAAGAGUUGUGCUCGAGAUCUCUUUUCGAAGAGGUUGAAGCGUAUGACUCGUUCAUAAGUAUAAAAAUGCAUGAUCUUGUGCAUGACCUUGCAGUAUUAGUUGCACAAACUGAUUGUUGUGUCAUAAAAAACAACACUGAUAGUAUAACUGAAAAGGUUCGUCAUGUAACACUUUUCAGUUAUAGUCCUUCAGAGGAAAGCAUUCCUGGAAUUUUAUGUAAACAGAAGAGAAUUCGGACCAUUUUUGCUCCGUCUGAAGGAUUUGAAAGAUAUGCUGCUCUUUUGGUUGGUCAAUGCAUUUCAAGAUUCAAGUACUUGAGGGUGUUAGAUUUACGCCAUUCAAGUCUUGAGACGCUGCCAGAUUCUAUUGGAAACAUGAAGCAUCUAAGGUACAUUGAUUUUAGUGGCAACAAUAACAUCCAAAUGCUUCCCUCAAACAUCUGCAAGUUGCCUAAUCUGCAAACUUUACGGAUUGUUCUUUGCACAAAACUUCAGAAAUUGCCAAGGGAGCUGGGAAAUUUGGUCAGUCUAAGACAUCUGUACUUGACAACCAAAGAGCAGAAUUUGCCGGAGAAAGGAUUGGGGUCCUUGGCACUUCUUCAAUCCCUGUCCAUAUUCGGAUGUGAAAAUCUUGUAUCCCUAUUCGAAGGAAUACAGAAACUCACGAAACUUAGGACUCUAGUUAUUGGUGAUUGUCCGAGGUUGACUGCUUUGCCAAGAGGCAUAGUUCACUUGUCAGCCUUAGAGAACUUUAUGAUUGUCAACUGUGAAGAGCUUAUGUUGUCUGACUGGCCAGAUUUUGAGGGUCUAAAGAGAAUCCGGUCACUUGUAAUCGGAGGACUUCCACAUUUGGUGUCUUUGCCAGAGUGGUUGAAAGGGGAUUGUAAUAGUCUAAAGUUCAUUCGCAUCUCAACAUGUCCAAGCUUCAUUGCAAUGCCUGAUUGGCUGGAAAACUCCACGUCCCUCGAGCAGCUUGAGAUAACAGGGUGCCCGAAAUUUUCAUCUCUCCCGGAUAGCAUGAGUUGUCUUACUACAUUGAGGAUGUUGAAAAUUCAGAAAUGUCCUGAAUUAACUAGACGAUGCGAAAAGGAUGCUGGAGAGGAUUGGACAAAGAUUGCUCACAUCCAGGAAAUUCAUCUUAAUGAUAUCACAAUAUAUAACUAGGUAAGAUGAAUGUGUCCAAUCUAUGAUGGAUGUCCCCACAUCACAUGUAAGUUCAGAGAUCACAGCUCAGAAGGACCUACUGAAGAGUGAAGAUCACAUCAUGUUUUGUCUUUUCAAAUUCAAAGCAAUUUCUUUUUUUUUGUUUAAGCAGCAUGUAUAUAUGUAUUCUAAACUCACUGGUCGACCAAUUCAAAGUCGCCUCUGGUAGGCCAUUAAGAG